AUGAAGUUGGAUGAUAUCAUGAAAGAGUUUAUCAAACACCUGGAAGAUUUGGAACUGUUAACAACGGAUGCUCAACUAUACAAGGCUGAUGAAAUAUGGGACAGACUGCUUGACUUGAUACUGGAGUUGAAACAACAGAAUCGCAUAAUAAUGAGUUCAAAAUAUCUCAACGACUAA